AUGGAAAUAAAAAAUAAUCACAAUAAAUUAAAUACAAUACCUCAAAAUAAUAAUAGUGAAUAGAUAUAAAAAAUUACAAAUAAAUAUAAUAGUUAAAGCUUGUCAGAAAAAAAUUAGAAAAAUUUAUAGUUAAUAAAACAAAAAUAAUAAGAAUAAAUUUUAAAUAAUGAAAAUUAGAAAAAAAUCUAAUAACAAAAAAUAUAUAUAACGGUAUAUAUAUAAAAAUUAUAAGUAUUUAUAUAUUUAUAUAUUUAUAUAUUUAUAUAUUUAUAUAUUUUAUAUUUAUUUAUUUAUAUAAUUUUUUAAAUUUUUUAUGCCAUUUUAUUUUUAAAGAAGUCUAAUUAUUUAAAAAAAAAUUAUCAAAUAUAAGAUUACCUAAUAUUUAAUCCUAAAUAAAUUAAAAAGAAAAAUUAAUAAAUUAACCUGAAAACUCUUAAUAAGAAUCUGAAAACCUUUUAUAAAUUUAAUAAAAAUCUACUACUAAUAUUUCACUUAAUUUACUUUCUUAAUAAAAAAGCAGACGAUCAAAAAAAAAAAAAUCAAUUUAAGAACUAUAACAAAAUCAACUUAAAAAAUUAGAUAAGACUAUUCCAGAAAAAUCUAAAAAUAACAUAAGUUCAUAAUCAAUACAUGAAUAAAUAGAAAAAAAUAAAUAAAUAAUUCAUUCUCAUGCUUUUUACACUAAAGCCGGUUGUAAUAGUUAAGGCCCUAAAACAAAUUAAGAUAAUUAUAUUAUACAUCCGAAUUUAAAUAAACUUUCUAAUAGACAUUUAUUUGCUGUAUGUGAUGGACAUGGUAUUUAUGGACAUGAUGUUUCUGCAUUUAUUAGAAAUGCAUAUCCAAGUAUAUUAGAAGAUUUAUUUUCGAGAGAUUUAAAUUGUAUACAUGAAGAAUAUAUUAGUAGUUGUUUAAGACUUUCUUUUUUACAACUUUCUUAGAAAUUAUUAGAAAGUUAAAUUGAUUGUACUUUUAGUGGAUCUACAUUUGUUGCUGUUUUAAUUAUUGAAGAGAAGAUUUGGUGUGCAAACACAGGAGAUUCUAGAGCUAUUUUAGCCAAAUAAAAUUAAACUAAUUUUUGGAAUGUAGAAGAAUUAUCACAUGACCAUAAAGCUGAUAACCUGGAAGAAAAAAAAGAAUUGA